CCAGAGGUGAUUCCUGUUGAAUGGGCAGUGAGCGAUGCAUUCUUCAGGCGUUCCAAUCAGCCUGCCGCUUCCCCACUCUGCAGGGAAACUUGGCAGCUUCAGUACCUGGAGAAACACCAAACCCGAGAUCUUUACCUUCGAUCCGAUCCCAAAGUCCAAGCCCAGCGCCAAACCCAAGAGGCGGUCAGUUAAAGUGCUUUAUCCGAUUUACCGGAGAAACGCCGCACUGGGCUCGACAUUCGAAGCGCAAGCACUUUUCAAGCAGCCCCGCAGCCUGCAUGGCGACCAGGCGCCAGCUGGAGUGUUUGACAGAGGAGUUAAAAUGCUCCAUUUGCCUGGAAUUGCUUAGCGACCCGGUGGUGCUAGACUGCGGCCACGAUUUCUGCCGCCCCUGCAUCACCCGGAGCUGGGCAAAGCAGGAGACCCACUGCUGCCCGCAGUGUCGAGCCGUCUCCCCGCAGAGGACCCUCCGGGCCAGUCGGUCACUGGCCAGUUUGGCUGAGAAGGUGCGGGAGCUGAGCCUGAGCCCGGACUGGAAAGAAGGCAGAGCUCACUGUGAGGAACACGGGGGCGAGGAGCUGAAACUGCUGUGUGAAACUGACGGCAAACUCAGCUGCCUGCUCUGCAGAGACUCGGAGAGUCACAGAUACCACCGCUUCCUGGUGUUGGACGAAGCCGUUGAGACGUAUAAGGAGAAAUUGAAAUUAUCGUUUAAUUCGGCUACCAGAAGGAAGAUGCGAGUGCUAAAGGCUAAGCUGAAGCAAAAGCAACAGAUUUCCAAAGUUAGGGAACAGUCAAGCAAUCUGAAAACCCACAUCACAUCCGAGUUCUCUAAAAUGCACCAGAUUCUCACUGAGAAAGAGCAGCGUUUACUCGCAAAUCUCGGGGAAGAAGAGGAGAGGAUUCUAGACACAAUGGCGAAAAACCUCUGUGUCAUCCAGCAGGCAUUAGACUGUGUUGAGCGAGACAUAUCAGACUUACAAGGACGAAUGAACCAAGAAGACACGGUUUCUUUUCUGAAGGUGGAAGUGUCUCACAAGAAUGGCGUUACAUACAAGAAGCACUCUACUUUGCCACCUAUAGAUGAAGGUCUAACACUCGGUAUGUUCAAAGGUCCUUUACAGUACAUAACUUGGAGAGAGAUGAUAGACAGCAUCAAUCCAGCUCCAGCCUCUCUGACUCUGGAUCCUAACACAGCGAAUCCCUGGCUCAUCCUGUCUGAGGACCGGACCAGUGUGAAACAGGGAGAUGAAUGGCAGGAUCUCUCUGACAGCCCUGAGAGAUUUGAUCAAUGCGUCAGCAUCCUGGGAUCAGAGGGAUUCACAUCAGGGAGACAUUACUGGGAGGUGGAGGUGGGGGAGAAGUCUGAGUGGGAUGUGGGAGUGGUCACAGAGUCUGCCAACAGGAAGGGUGACAUCACUGCAGCACCCGAAGAUGGAUAUUGGAUUAUGUGGCUGACAAACCAGACGGAUUAUCUGGCUUGUACAUCAUCUCCGACCCGUCUGACUGUACCUACCAAACCCCAGAAACUUGGGGUGUACCUAGACUAUGAGGGUGGACAAGUUUCAUUUUACAAUGCGGACAACAUGUCCCAUCUCCACACUUUCACCCACACUUUCACUGAGAAACUCUUCCCUUAUUUCAGCCCAGGGCUGAUCGAUGGAGGAAAAAACUCUGAAGCACUGAGAAUCUGCCCAGUUAACGGUCACUGUUCAGAGUAAAUCCAUGCGAUAAAUCACAUUUCCAUUAACCUUGAACUGUAUUCCCUGUCCAGAAAUUUUAUUUUGUGUGACAUAAAGGAAUAAUCUCACAGGAAUUGAAAAUGAUCAUAGGUCAGUGUUGUAAAGGGAGAUUAUUUUAUUGGGAUUUAAUACAAUCUCCAUUUAAAGCAGCAAUGCCAAUAGAUGCUGAAUUAUAAAUGUAAUGUAAGGAUUACUCAAAUAGGGGCAAACUCUCAUAUUACAGCAAACAUUAAUAAAAAUCAGAUGCUACCUGGGUUAAAGAAAUGUCAUUUUAAGCAUGAAUAUGUAAAUUGUCUGAAUGAAUGAAAACUGAAUCUUUGUCAGUAUAAUUCAUGUCCACGUCAGACAUCUCAGCAGGAGGCUGUUAAGAUUGCCCCUCACUCCUAUCUGAAUCAUACAACCUUAAUACACAUAGAUUUAUAAGGAUACUUCUAGUCAGGGGAAGCCUCAACCCUUGGAUUAAAAAGACUGUUGCAGGAUAUGCUCCCUCCUGCCCAAUUUCCACAAGGUGAGAAAAUGUCAUCCUGCCUGUUUUGUGUCCUCAGUCAAGUCCAUUUUCACCCUCACAUCAUGUACUGGGCACAACACAAAGAAAGAGAAUAAUUUACCAUUUACAUCACCACUGAAGCUUAGCUCAAAUAAGCAGUAGUGGGAGGAGAGGGGAGAAUUUCAUAGAAAGACACUCAAAAAGAGACCAGUUUCUUCAUCCCCAUCAAGAGAUGGGGUUGUUAUUGAAGGAAAAGUGCAUGGCAAAGGUUCUGGAAUAGACUCUGAGGGGAGAAGGUGGUGGAUGCAAUGGUAGCAUUUAAUUCAGGCCAGUGGUCAUGGAAUAAAAAAGAACAGUAACAAGACCAGUGACCAAGGAAACAUACAGGCUGAUCAGGGAUAGUUGAAGGUGACCAAAGUUCAGGUUUGUGAUAUUUGUUGAAGGAGCUGUUCAAGGUGGGCAGAGAAUAAGCAAGGUAGAAGAGCUUAUCCAUGAAGUUUCAUACUGCAGAGCAAAACCCCACAAGUUAAUGUAGAACCCAGCGACACUACAAAGUAGUAACAUUCACGCCACAUAGGUGCCAGGCAAUGACCACCUCUAACAAGAGAGAAUUCAACCAUCUUCCCUUGACAUUCAACAAGCAUUACCAUCGCUUGAAUACAGCCACCAUCAACAAUCUGGGGUCACCAUUGACCAGAAGCUUAACUGGACCAGCCAUAUGAAUACUGUGACUACAAGAGCAGGUCAGAAGCUGGGUCUUCUGCGGUGAGUAACUCAUUUCCUUCUUAAGGAUCUGACCUAGUCUAUAAAAGGGUUAAUAAUUUAACAAAUAAAAUACAGUUUAAAAAAUCCUUUGUGAAAUUCAUACACAUUAAUUUCUCUCUCACAUAUACAGAUUCAAAGGUCUUGAGAACAGACUUCUGUAGACAGGGAGCCAUGUUUAAGUUCAUAACAUUGCAACUGUUUUUUUUGAUUUUCAAGAUUUCUCACUCCAAGUGGUCUAACAGUAAAACAAACAAAAUUCAUGUUAUUCAAACACAACAGAUUUUGUUUAUAUUACAAACUUAGGUAAACAAGUGAAUCAGAUUUCAUGGGUACAGCAUUGAGUCGAGACAUUAGACAGGUUUCCUCAUAAUUUCUGCUGUCUUUGUCUCUACGCAUUAUACUUUUUAUUGCGAGUGCAAUAGUUAUUGUUUGUUUGAAUAUCCUACUCUUAUUCUCUAAGUGGAAUUGAAGCAUGCAUUUACUAUAUUUGGAUGAAUUAGUUUAUCUUGCAUUUGUACUCUGUAACAUUCAAAACAUUACCAUAAUGUAAACUAAGAUUUAAGCUUACAAUAAAGUAUAAAGUAACCAUUA